AUGGCCGCAAUCUUGGGUGGCCUCAUAAGCCAUGUCUACAAUCUGGUUCUAUCACCAUUUGUCAGCGGCCCCCUCCUCGCUGCAGUCACGUACCGCCCCAACGAAAGUCAGAGCUUGCUGUCCACGUGUGCAAGGGGGCUCCUGGGGCUCGGCGCGCUCGACCUGGAGCUCGCAAUCACCGCACUGCGCCUUCUCUUUGGCGUGGGGUUGCUGCGCUUUGUCAAUCAGAACUUGAACGUUCGAGCGGCGAAUGCCUGGCGCACCGGCCCCAGCAAGGGAUGGAACUGGUCUGAGGAGAUCGCGGUCGUGACGGGAGGGGCCAGCGGCAUUGGCAAGGAUUUGGCGCGCAACCUCGCCGGCAGGGGUACCAAGGUCGUUGUUCUCGACAUCCAGGACAUGCCCAAGGAACUGCAUGGCAAUCCUCUCAUCUCGCACUAUCACUGCGAUCUCAUGUCCAAGGGCUCGAUCGGGGCGGCGGCGGCGGCUGUGCGCAGGGACGUUGGGCACCCGACGAUACUGGUCAACAAUGCUGGUGUUUCGCAGGCGAAGCCCAUACUAGACCAGUCCGAGCCGUAUCUGCGGACUGUCUUCGGCGUCAACAAUAUUGCGCAUUGGCUCUGCGUGCAGCAAUUCAUGCCACACAUGAUUGAGAAGAACAAGGGCCAUAUUGUCACCGUGGCGAGCAUUGGCUCCUUUGUCAGCCUGUCCUCUGGCGUGGCGUACGCUGCCACCAAGGCUGCAGCGCUGGCUUUCCAUGAAGGUCUCGGGGUCGAGUUGAAGCACAUCUACCGCGCCGACAAUGUCCUCACGACCGUCGUGCAUCCUUUCUUCGUGGACACGCCGCUCAUCGCAGAGGUUGCCGAUGGCCUGACGGCCUCUGGGCUCACUCUCUUGACCAGCAAUGUCGUUGCGGAUGCCAUCAGCGAGAGGAUCUGGAGCAAGCGCGGUGGGCAGAUCACUGUCCCAAACUCGCGAGCUUUGUUGAGCGGUGUGAGGGCGUGGCCCGGCUGGCUGCAAGAAGUUCUGCGAGACACCAUCGGAUUGGGUACUCGCAAUGCAGGCGAGGGAAGAACGUGGACAGUCCCUGAGUGGUGA